AUGUUUGGAAUGGAUAAUAUGAUAUCAGAAUUAAUGUCCAAUAAAUUAGAAGAAACUUUAGCUGUUAUUCGACAAGUUAUGGAACAAUUUCAAAAUCCAAAUUUAACAACAUUUAUUUGUGUUUGUAUACCAGAAUUUUUAUCAUUAUAUGAAACUGAAAGAUUAGUUCAAGAAUUAGCUAAAUGUCAUAUUGAUACACAUUCAAUAAUUGUUAAUCAAGUUUUAUUUCGAACACCAGGAGAAAAUCCAAAUUCAUGUAAACGAUGUGCAUCAAGAAUGCGUCUUCAACAAAAAUAUAUUGAACAGAUUGAUGAUCUUUAUCAAGAUUUUAAUCUUGUUAAAUUACCUUUACUUGAUGAUGAAGUUCGAGGUCCAUCAAAUAUAAAUUCAUUUUCUCAACAUCUUAUUAAACAAUAUAAACCAUAA